AACGAAAUGAAAUGUUGAUUGGGCCCUAUACUGCUUAGACUAUCUUCCAGUUUCUUUCGUUAAAUACUAAUAAACUUUAGUUUCAAUGAAUAAACGGUUGUUUAGUGCGCAGACAUCAGUGAUAAUAAUCAUUCGUAUAAACGUGAAAGUGUCGCGGUGGCAAUAAAAUUUGAGCGUGUGCGAGGAGCGAUGUGCCGCGCCGUUUCCUUAUCGAUUUUCUCUAUGCUGCAUUAAAUUACUAUUUAAAUUGUGAAUGCGGAUUGCAAAUAUUUUAACAAUAUGCCUUAAGAAUUAGUGUUUUUUUAUAUUCCAAGGUGCUUUACCGUACGGUCAAAAACGAUAGUUUAAUACAGUUUUUUGAAAUGUUGACAUAGAGCAUUAAAUAUUAUCUAGAUAUUCAUAUUUUUAUAUCAUGAGAUGAUAAUGUAGAGAUCGCCAUAUGCCGGUGGUCGUGUCUCCAUUGUUCUGGGAAUGGUUCAACAUUUGGCUGAUUCAAUUUCUGAAGAAUUUAUACCAUGAAAUCAAAAUGGUAGCGCUAAGAGGCGGUAAUAGUUCCCUGGGUGCAGUGUCGCACGGAUGCGGGCUCCACGGCGGCCAGCAGAACGCGCUCGAUUUGACGCACCGCUUACAAACAUCACUGGGUAUGCAGCAGAGCGCCGCUACGCAGCCCGUGGGCCACCACGGCAGCCACCUGGGCCACGGCAACCACUCCAGCCACAUCAGCCACGGCACCGCCAGCCAGGUCAACCUGCCGACGCUGAGCAGCGUAUCUCUCCUGAUGCCGCAGCAGAGCCCCGCCACCCUGAAGCACGAGCAGAACACGCGCUACUCUAACUCCAAUUGCAUGCUGCCCUCGCACCAUUACAGGCUGUUGACGCAAGCCAGAGCGGAAUGCUACCACCCGGCGCCGGGUGCUGGCAGCUCGUACAUGGCGGGCGCGGGAGGGUCGCAGAGUUCGGCCCCCACAAUGCGAGGGCAGUCCGCUGCGCAGCCAUCGGCACCGCCAGCACCUCAACAAGAUAUGUCCAAAACGACCAUGGCGGGUCCAAGUUACGUGACACCACAAAACCAGACGCAAGGCUCGCGGCCGCAGUAUCCCAACUUCUCCCAGUAUAGAGCACCUCAACAUGGGAAUCGGCCCACUACACAUCCUAGACAACAACAACCUUAUAUGGGAGGUGCGGGCGCCUCAGCGACUGGCCCGGUCAUGUAUCAUCCAACUGUGGUGUUCCAGCCAUCGCCCAUGGGCAUCCCUCAGACAUACCAGCAGCCCAGGUCGAACUCCUCUGGCAAGUCGCAGUUUAUGGAUCACGGAUACUACCAAUACAUGCCCUACAUAAGUUACACCACACCAACGGGGCCCCCUUUGUUUGAUAUCGCAGACUACUAUCCGUCAAAUGGGCAGCAGUUGAGCGCUAGCAGCGUGGGCGGCGCGGGGGGACGGGCGAGCGCGGGCACGCUCGUGCAGCCGCCGGCCGCGCAGCCCGCGCCGGGGCCUCUUGCGCACGCGCAGGCCGCGCCGCACAUACACCCCGGUAUGUCUGGCACAUAUCAUAACACAGAAAACAUUUCAGGGAUACGUCCGAGCCCUCCAAAACGAACUUCCCGAAGGCUUCCAAUUAUAAAUCCUCUAACUAAACAAGAUAUAUUCUCUGAGCUAUAUUCUAAUGAUAGUCAAUAUUUGAGCACCGAUUCCAGUGAAGGGCAAACGUCACAAACGGAGCCAACACAUAGUUUUGCAGAAGAAUUCGGGAGAAUGGUAAACGAGGCAGUAAACCAGCCGUCGCCAACUGAAAGUUGUAGUACGAACUUUGUAUCUAAAGCAGUCGAAGCGCCGGUCACAACGGCGAGCCCUAAUCAGCCACAUACAAAUGCAAUAACUACUAUUAAUAGUAAUACAGUAAAGUCUGAAAUAUUAAAUGUUAACGAAAAUAAAAGUGUUGUAAAUGAAAUCAUAGAGUUCAACGAAACGCCGGUAGUAUCGGCCAUAUCGGACAGUCCUGUUGUAGUGCCUAAAGUAUCUAUGAAUGUUAAGCAACUCCAGAAGAGUAGUGAACAGAGUCAACCUUUAGCAGUAGAUAAUAAGAAUUUACCAACUAAUAAGCAACAAAAACAAAGCAAAAGCAAACCAGUUGUGCCUCAAGAUGAAUUAGAAAAGCAAUCAGAAACCGUGACUCCUAUAGUUCCUCAAAAUACGAUAAAUGUACAAGCGGAAGAAUCGGCACCUGUGAGUGUGUCCAUAUUGGCGCCAGUAUCUGUGUCUAUGUCCACAUCUUCGACUGCGUCUUCUGCUACUUCGACUGUCGCGUCAGUUACGCUGAUUCCCUCCUCUCUGCAAACGCCCGCGCCGCAGCCUCAGAGAAUAAGAGAGCCCAGGGAGCGAGUGCGCUCGGAGGAUAAGGACAAACCUGUCUUAAAACCAGAGGACCAAAAGACGGAAACUCCCAAGCUCAAUGGCCCUACUUCGGUUGAGAUUAGUUCAGUUGAUAGUUUGGUCACUAUCAAUGCUUCAACUAGUCAAGUAAAUCAAGACAUUGAAUUAGAGCUUGCAAAUGAAGUGAAACAAUUACAUGCAGAACCUGAGACUGAAAUAGUUACUGCUGACAAGUCACCUGAGAUAGUGAUUAGCAGAGAAAAUACAUUCCCUGCCAACCCUGUACCAACAGCCACUGAACUUUUAUCAGCAAGCAUUGAAAAGUUAGCCAAGGAGCAACCGAUUAAAGACUCUGAAGACCAAUUGAAGGCUGAGUCUACAGCCAUUCAGGCUCAAGUUAAAUUAACACAAGGGAUUGCAAGUGUAGCACGGAAUCAACCUGAUCCUCCUAUGAUGAAAGAUAUAAACCUCAACACAGAUCCAGAUGCUGAAAAUGGAAACCCCACAGAAGUCACAAAUGUAGAUACAGUUAAAGAUGAAGGAAAUAAAAACGAAAAAUCAAUAAAAAAUACGAAAAACAAUAAUAAGAAAUCAAAUAAAUUAGCAAACAAUGAACUACAAGCUAACCCAGAAUCCUAUGAAAAUGGAAAAGAUGAGACUGAUAAAGUUAGCAAGGAGGAAAAAGAAGUUACUACAAAAGAAGAAGAGCAGCCAGCUCCAUCAGAUAUACCUGUGUUUAAAGUACCUGCAGUACCCCCUCCAGCAAGCACGCCCGCAGUAGCUCAGCCAUCACCUCCAACACCUCCAGCUGUUGUGGCUCCCAAGUACAAGUACUCAGACGAUCAAUGGUCACCUUUUAACAAAUCUGGCAGGAAAUGCUACAAUAUUGGAUUCCUGAUGCAAGUAAAAGAUGAUCCAGUUACGAAGAACAAGCCGAAUAUACCAAUGCUGGAUGCUUGUAAUGUGACAAGGACUACACCCAUUCUGGAAACACAUAUGACCUUUAAUACAAUUUCAAGACCUGUUAUUGAUGCUCUCUUACCCAACUAUGCAAAGAACUCUGGCAUUGGUUCAAGAAGCAAUACAGCAAGAGAUCCCAAGAAAGAUGGAAGAAGUAUGCAACAGAGUGGUAAAGGUAGCAUGAAGUUAAGUGCUUCUCCGAGCGGUAGCAGUGCACAUCGUCAAUACAUCUCAAUCUCCCUGUCACGUGAAGAAGUGAAACUAAACCAGGCUAAAGAUGCUUGGAAGCCCACUCGCUUCAAGAAGGACAAUCUAACAGAGGAAGAGUACAAGACUCAGGACCUUUAUAAGAAGUUCCGUGGUAUCCUUAAUAAGCUGACACCACAAAAAUUCGAUGCUUUGCUAGAUAAAGUAAAGGGUCUCGAGAUAAAUACGCAGGCUCGUCUUGAAGGUGUAAUUGAUUUGGUUUUUGAAAAAGCUAUCGAUGAGCCCAAUUUCUCUGAAGCUUAUGCCGCGAUGUGUAGCAAGUUAUCUAUGCUGAAGGUUCCAUCUGAUAAUUCACCAGACCAAUUCGUCAAUUUCCGCGGUCUCAUCAUAAGCAAAUGUCAGAACCAGUUUAUCACAAACAAAAUGGAUGAAAAUGUGUUGAAAUUAGAGAAGGAACUUGCCGAAUGUACUGAUCCAGCAAAGAAAAAAGAGCUCCACGAUCAACUUACUGAAGAGAAUAGACGCAUCAGAAUGCGGUCUGUUGGAAAUGUUAGAUUUAUCGGCGAGCUGUACAAAUUGAAGAUGUUGACAGCCAAAAUUAUGAUGUUCUGCAUGAAUUAUUUGAUUGAUAAACUGGAAGAAGAGAAAUUGGAAUGCCUCUGCAAACUGCUAACCACGAUUGGGGAACAAGUUGAAAAUGAAGUCAAAGACCAGCUCGAGAUCGUGUUUAAGAGGAUGCAAGACAUCGUUGACCGCAAGUCAAGCAAAAUCAGUAACCGAGUCCGAUUUAUGAUUCAGGAUGUCAUGGAUCUGAGGCGAGGCAGGUGGGUCACGAAAAAUGUGGUGGAUUCCCAACCGAAGAUGAUGGAUCAAAUCCAAAAGGAAGCGGAGCAACACCAACGAAACAUCGAGCUAAUGAACUCGAAUCCUAUGGGCGGAGGAUUCCGGCGCGAAGACGGCCGAGGCAAGCGCGGCGGAGAAGGCAGGAGGCAAGGCUCCAACUCAUUCAUGGACAAUCAAUGGAAAUCGCCACGCACCAGCUACACUGUCGACACUUCGAAACUAAAGGCUGUCACGCAAAAGAAUCUUAACAACAUUAAAUUAGCGCCACCUUCUUCAGCGUGGAAUCAUGGUUCAGGUGCUAAGAAUCCAGUCCAAGCCAGUAGCAAUUCUAUGAUAAGUCUCUCAAAGAAUAUGUACAGCAUGCUUGAAACAACUCCUGGGGAUCCUACUUCCCUCAACACCAACAAGGAUAUGUCUCCAAGCUAUCAACACUCCAAGUCGAUCGAGAGGUCAACCUUCAACUCUAGAGGUGAUUACAAUAAUGAAAAUAGCAGCCGGUCUGGCUCAAUCGGAGUGCCUCGGUCAAAUUCCGGCAGCAGAAGUAGCAAUGCCGCGUCGAAACAAGCGCCAGAAGCCUCGCCGUCUACGCCAGUCGCGCAAGAGCCAUUGCCCCCAUCGAAACAGAAGGCAGUCAAAAUGCACAUCUUGGAGAUGCUGGUCAACCCGAGUGACGAAGAGUUCGCAACUGACUUCAAGCAGACAUUCCCUGUACAGUACCACGCUGCUGCUGUCACCGAAAUGCUUAACAUUGCCUUGGAGAAAUCUGCAAAAGAUGUUCACGUAAUAGCAAAAGCCAUGCAUCAUCUCAUAUCAACUGGUAUAAUUUCUGGUGAACAUUUCUUGACCGGCAUGACUGAGAUUUUGGAAUGUGCUCCAGAUUUGUACAUAGACAUCCCAAUGUUGUAUGAAUAUCUAGGCAAAUUCUUUGCACCACAAAUAGAAAAGAAGCAUAUCUCAUUUAUACAGACAUUUAGAUUAUGUGAUAAUAUUAUAAUGUCAAACCAUGGGCACAUGUUCUUAAAAACUGUAAUUAGAGACUUAAAAGAAAGUAUGGGUCCUACCUUUGUAAAGACUAAAUGGCAGGAAUCUGGACUGGCUUUGAGUCAAUGGAUGAGUGAAGAACAGGUGCCCAAAUGGAUCGAGGAUAAUAAAUUCGAAUUCUUGGAAGGCGGAAACGCUAGCGAGGAAACCAAGAAAAUUCUAACGCCAAGCGAAACACAGAGUAAACUGUUGCAGCUUCUGAAUACUGAUGAGAAUUGCGAUUGUAUACGAGGCUGGGUUCAGGAUAAUCUAGGCGCGUCAUCGAAAGAGAACUGGUUCAUUCGAGCGUUGAUCCAAGCGAUAUGCGAGCAUGCGCUGUUCGGCGCGGAAGGCCGCGACGUGCCCCACUUUAGCCACGAGCGUAUGAACAAAUUCGCGCCUCUGAUCAGUGAGUUCGGCGAGUCCCGCGAGCAGAGAGAGGCGAGCUGUCUCUUCGGCAUUCAGCAGCUGAUAUACAGACUCCAACAUCCACCAGGCUUAGCACUAGAAAUAUUCCAAUUUUUACAUGAACAAUACAUAAUAUCUGUGGAGGGUUUCACUGCAUGGGAAGUAUCAGAAAUGGAGCCAGAAGGGAAAGGGGUAAUGCUGAAGGCGCUAACGUCUUUUUUCACUAACAUUAAGGAAGCCGAUAAUGAGGAAUCCUGUAGCGAGGACUGACGCCCGUCAGCUUCAGUUAUUUUAUAUAUUAAUUAUUAUAAUUUUUUAAUGAAUAAUGAAUUAUUUCAUAUUUUAAUUAUUAUUAUUAUUCAAUUGUAAAUGGAUUAUUUAAAGUUUUAAAAUAUUUCUAGUCAUUUUAUAAAAGCGAAACAGUUAACAGACUAAUCACCCAAUCGAAGCUGACAUCCUUAUUCCAUUAUAGAUGUAUAAAAUAAAUUUGACACCUAACCUAUUUUUGUUAGUUGUUUGGGAAUGACCAGGGAUCGAAAGGAACUAAAUGAAAUAAAUACUAUUGGGUUGAUGACAUGAGGUUGAUGUCUUGUCUUGAUGAUUGUAAAUGAAACUAGCUGGUUCGCUUUUAUAAGACAACUAAAAAAAUCAAUAUGUUUGUAAUAUUGACUUACUAUACAAGCAAGACUACUUGCCAGCUCUGACUGUCAGACAUACUCUCAGCGCGUAUUUUUUGUUUUUAUGUAAAGAACGCUAACUGACGAUUAAUUGCAUGACUUCAUUUUAAUUGCAUGACUUUAUCUUUUUAUAACUUGUAACGCUGAGCGCAAUGUAGUCUUGUUAGUUGUCAAAAUGUUUGUAAUAUUGACUUACUAUACAAGCAAGACUACUUGCCAGCUCUGACUGUCAGACAUACUCUCAACGCGUAUUUUUUGUUUUUAUGUAAAGAACGCUAACUGACGAUUAAUUGCAUGACUUCAUUUUAAUUGCAUGACUUUAUCUUUUUAUAACUUGUAACGCUGAGCGCAAUGUAGUCUUGUUAGUUGUCAAAAUGUUUGUAAUAUUGACUUACUAUACAAGCAAGACUACUUGCCAGCUCUGACUGUCAGACAUACUCUCAACGCGUAUUUUUUGUUUUUAUGUAAAGAACGCUAACUGACGAUUAAUUGCAUGACUUCAUUUUAAUUGCAUGACUUUAUCUUUUUAUAACUUGUAACGCUGAGCGCAAUGUAGUCUUGUUAGUACAGUUGUAACUUGUUAUGUACCCACAAUCUGGUAAAUAAAAUAUUUAUUAUUAUUAUUAUUAAUAAUGGCUAAAUGAAAUUCCAAAAUAAUUUUAUUUUGUCGUUGUCGACACAUAAUAUUUUAAUUUUAUAUGUUUAAAUUUUAUGUCGUGUAUUGUCGUGUAUUCAAUAGAUAAAUUAGUUUAGGUUUCAGCCGUAGCUUGAACCAAGUGUGAGAUUACCCUUUCAAUAUCCGUCCGCUGCCCAACCAAGGCUGCCGCGUGCUGCCUGGCUAGGCAUUCCGACGGAUAUUGGAAGGGUAAUCAAUCUCACAUGUGGUUCAAGCGUAGGCUCGAACACCUAAAUGUGAAUUUUUAGUCGUCUUACAGAAGCAAAUCACUUAGUAUCCAAUGUCCUACUAUCUAUUUGUACUUAAAAAAUAAAAUAACAUUUCAAUAACAAAAAUGUUAAUUCGGUUCAUUGAGAAACACCAUAUAGCAAAAGUAAAAGCAUGUCAGUUGCAAGUUGUUUGAUCUCGGUCGAUCAUUUCAAUUUUUGUCAAAUAGCUACUGUAAGACGACUAAACAGUCACUUGUAUAUAAAUUCAUGUAUUUUAACAUUUUUUUUAAAUGUAUGUAUAAUUCAGAAAUUAGAAAUAUAUUUUAAACAUUAUUUUAAAAAUUUAUUUUUAAUUUUAUGAUGAUAAAAAAUUAUUUCUAUAUUUUAAUUAUUAUUUGAAUUUUACAAUUUGAAAACUAAUUGAACAUUUAUGUUUUAGUUUAAAUAAAAUUAUAUAAAGAAAUAUAAUCUUUAUUUAUUGUA